AUGAACAACGCAUUGAGCAGCUUCGACGCGUUUUGCUUCUCAGGCUCCUCAACAGGUGUGCCUCUAAGUGGCCGCAAGCGUUCAACGCCAUGCAGCAGCAACAACAGCAGCAGCAGCAGCAGCACGAACAAAGGCAGCAAAAGAGGGCUAGCUAGCGAUGAGGCCCCCAGAAAAGCGGCUCCAAAGGGGGCUGUGAAGAACGAGCCAAUCCAAGUCAAAGAGGAAGCUGUUGCUGAGGCGGAGAAGGAGGAGAAGCAACACCAACAAGAGCAGCAGCAGGAAGAAGAAGAUGCACGGACUCUUAGAGCCAGGAGGCGCAGCAGCAGCGUUCACCAGCGUCUGAAGGAGCAGCAAAAGGCGACGCCAGCAUCUGCCAAGGCUUGCAAGGCUGACGCUGAGGAAAAAUCGCAAGAGCUAUCCCACACACUAUGCAAGACAGAGAACCAAGAGGCGGCAGCUGCAGAAGGCUGUACAGGAGUGGAAAUUAACAGCUCCUGCUCCCCCCUCAAAGGCCGUGCUCGAACCCCCAUCGGAAAGCCGAGGGGGCGUCACUAUAGCAGCAGCAGCAGCAGCAGCAACGCAUGCAGCAGCAGCAGCAACGGGAACGGCGUAUGGAGCAGCAGCAAGGGCCCCAAGAAUCCACCUCCUCCGAACUUUGACGCCGUUUGGGAAGCAAUCUGCAAAAUGCGAGAAAAGCGAGAUGCUCCUGUUGACUCUAUGGGUGUGGAAGCACAGACGGGCAAAGACGAAAAGGAAAGGAGAUUCGCUGUCCUUCUCGCCGUGAUGCUUUCCAGCCAGACGAAGGAUGAGCAAACCAACGCAUGCAUGCAGCGCCUGCGACAAGAAGAUCUCCUAAGUCCACAAGCUAUUGCAGACUGCGACAUCGAGCAUCUUCGAAGCCUGCUGUACGGCGUGGGCUUCCACAACAACAAAACCGUCUUCAUCAAGGCUGCUGCAGAGACGCUGCUUAAAGAAUACGAAGGAGAAGUUCCUCGAACACUCGAGGGGCUCAUGCGGCUCAAAGGUGCGUGGAACGCGUUUGAAGGCAUCGCAGUUGACGUCCACGUGCAUCGCAUAAGCAACAGACUCGGCUGGGUAAAAACGAAGACUCCCGAAGAAACGGAGAUCGCGCUGGAGGACUGCCUGCCAAGACAGCACUGGGAAGAUGUGAAUCUUCUCUUGGUUGGAUUUGGACAGCAAAUCUGCAAGCCUGUGAACCCUGCGUGCGCAACGUGCUUGGCGCGUCUUCACUGUCCAAUCGGCCGCAAGGUUCGUCUCCCCAAAACUGUCGUGGAGGAAGUCUCUCCUACCCUCCCUCCCUCCUAG